CGACGAUUGACUACGACACGAACUACCAGGAAGUUCAUUCGUGCGCACUCGGCAGUGAAGGAUGUGUCCAGUACCGCAAAUCCAACUCGGCUCAACUGUCAGUCAGAAGAGAAUGGUUAUUACUUUCGAGGUGGAAAUAAAGUCUAACUGAACAAUUCGAAGAGGCAGUGUUGAGCAACUUGGUACCAAGCAGAAUCAUCGACAGAAAUGAUGUUUAAAUGGUGGACAUUUGUUAUUAUGACACUUCGUUCUGUGGUGACUAAUGAUCAGGAAAAUUCUGUGACAAAUGAACAAUCUGCUCCUUGCACACCGCAGGAAAGUUUGAGGCAGAUCCAGUGCCUUCGGGAGUUACCCGCAGAGAAAUAUGAGGUAUCAGAGGGAGAAGAUGUAUUGAUGCGGUGCAGAGUGGCACAUCAACGUGGUAAAGUUCAGUGGAGAGCUGGAAACUUUUUGUUAGGUUAUAUUAGGGCGAUUCCAAGCAGACCGCGAUAUUCAAUUCAGGGAGAUGCUCGAUUGGGUGUCCAUGAUUUACUGAUUCGAAAUGUGACAAACAAUGACGCGGGGACAUUUGAAUGUCAAGUGUCGCCCGCGGAAGGACAAUCCGCACUCCGACGCACCACCGCGCUUUCCAUCCUGGUGCAGCCCUCCCAACCAAUAAUUAUCGGGGCUUCCGGUGAUGCACAACCUACUACCAGCGGACAGCUCAUCGUGCCAAUUCCUCAGGAAAGCUCAUCCGAGAAAAGUUCACAAAAUCAGUUACGACUAUUCUGUCAAGUAAAGGGUGGGGUUCCUCCACCAACUUUUGAAUGGUUUCACAAUGGUUUGCUCGUCCCAGGGAAUCCAAUGACUAAUUCUUCUGACUUUUAUGAGGAUGGAUAUACUUCCUUAUCAGAUGCACGGUUUCCUGCAGAGGUAUACACCGCUGAACUUGUGUUAGAUAAGGCAAAUUUGAAGACGGGUGAUAGACUGGCUUGCCUGGUCAGUAAUAAGGCCACUCUACGCUCAAAACAACUCUCAAAGCAAAAACUGCGUUCGGAACUUUUCGUUGCAAUCCAUUCCGCACCUGGUGAUCCAGAACUAAUCGGUUUACAUCAACGAGGGAAUCAGUCAGCAGUUUACGACUCAGGUGCAUCAUUGGAUUUCACCUGUCGCUCCAUACCCGCAGGCAAUCCACCAGGUGAGCUGAGCUGGCGAAUGGAACGAAUGCGCCGAAGUGCACAAAUGGACACGGCAGCUCCCUUUUCUCAUGCUAGCGGUGGUGUUGGAGAAUAUCUGCACAAAAUAUACUUGAUACCGCCGGAAAGUGUGAUUUAUCAGUACACUGAUGAUAAAUUGUUGAGCAAAGUCAGAAUACCGCGGUUGAAUGCCAGUCACCACGGGCUCGAUCUGGUGUGCGGUGUGAAAAAUCAAGCAGGACCUGAAAAGACUGUCCGGAAGACUAUUCUCGUACGACAUAGCCCGAACAGCGUGGCGAUCCACGGACCAGAGGAGACACUUACAGCCGUAAAAAGAAAAUUCGUCCCAAGAAUAUCUUCUCAUAGACUUGCAGAAAUGGACCGAGCACAAAAUCGCAACGCUUUGUUGUAUAUUCAUCCUGACCGACCGCAAUAUUUACUGUGCUUGACGUCUCCAUAUUUCGACAAAGCAUUCAUUAAAUGGUACGCAUUUCUGGAGGGUCAGCUACACUGGCUGGAAAUACAACCAAUGGAAGCAUUCCAGAUAACGCUGGAAGAUACCGAAUUUAGUUAUAUUCUUGUCUCAGUUGUCCAACUGGUAACCACCAACUUGGAGCCAAAUGCUUUACUAAAAUGGAGUGCAAUCAAAUGCGUUAGCGAAGGAAUGGACCAUGUAACAAACUUGUCCAACUCAUCAGCUGAGCAUGUUGUCAGACUGAAAGCAUACGAGUCACCCGGAAAACCUUUAUUGACUGUUCACAACGAAACUGUGAUACUCUUCGAAGGACAAAAUCUUACCCUAAUGUGUGUUGCAAGUGCUGGAAGCCCAAAUGGUGAAAUCAAAUGGAUAACAAGUCAGUCAAAGGCAGACGGAGCGAACGGAAGUGAAUUCAAAACGACCACAGAAAUAAAGCCAAACAACCAAAUGGUUUCAAAUUUAACCCUUUCACUGACGAAAAGCAUGAACGGCUUGCAAGUGCAAUGUGCUUCCCUGAAUGAAGGAUAUGAAGAAUCGGAUGAUAGAAGAAGUCAACCCGUUGUACUCUAUGUGCUAUAUGCUGCCAGUGUAAUUAACAUGAGUGUAACCGAUGGAUCGGGGCGAUCACUACUUUCGCGCGAUGCAACAAAUAUUUUGUACAAAUCUAAGAGGGAUUCGCCAAUACAUCUGGAUACCUCUCAAAUACCUAUGGUACUAACAGCAGAAAUGGGAACGACAUUGUCAGUGACUUGUGAAGUGGAUCCAUCAAAUCCGCCCUCAAGAAUAUACUGGAGUUUGCAUCGCUGUGAAAAAAGUCCACUCUUGCGAAUGUUGCACCGUGCUCCUUCAAAAUCAGAACAAUGUGAAUUAACCCACCUGGAAGCAAGGAAGAGUAAGAUACUAACUUAUCCAUCGUCCCGUGCGUUAAGCGAAAUGACUUUGCUCAAUGUCCUCUUCAAGCCAAUAUUUAUUGCGAACGGUAUGCAGAUAUCAGAAGGCUCAGUCCAUUCGGAACCGACUGAAAUACUGCACCUCGUUACAGUUGAAGGUGGAACCUUCAACGUAGACUUAGAGCCAGUGGCCAAUCCGCCAGCGCACAAAUUUAUGUGGUUCAAAAAUGACAAGCAAUUGACUGGAGAUUAUCCAGAACUAGUGGAAUCUGCAAAUCAUUCAAGCCCAUCUUCACCGAAACGUUUCAGCACCCAGUCGGGAAAGUUGCACAUUCUACCUGUGCGCAUUGAAGAUAUGGGAAAUUACAGUUUACUUGCAGUAAACACAAUUGGAAAUGCGCGAAUACAUUUCUUUCUUAACGUCACAUAUGGCCCAAGGCUUAUUGGGAAGCCAAUUGUUAACAUCACAGCUGCAGGUCAAAAAGCGGUACUGGAAUGCGAGGCUCAAGCCAACCCUUCACCAACUGAGACCGCUGUGAGGUGGCGGCGACUACCUUACGCUUUGGCUGGCAUUGAAAUCAGUAAGCACUUUUACAAGCAAAUUGGGGCUGAAGAAGACGAACGAGUGAAGCAACAUGAACUACAGGCAACUUCUGUCACGGGUAUUCGUUGCAACAAGGGUAACUGGCACAGCGGCUUCAAGUACUUUGUCAAGUGUUGGAGAAUCAAUCCAUAUACACUCACCAGCUCUCUAACCAUAUACGAUCUUGGACCAAGCGAUGUUGGACGAUACCAAUGUUACAUGGACAAUGCAGUCGGAUCCCCCGCGGUGCGCAUUAUCGACCUUCUAUAUCCGUUUGCACCGAAAAUCAUUUCCAUUCCAAGGUGGUUAAAGGCAGCGCCUUCAGUCAGUCUGCGGACACCGGCUGAACAUCACCACCUGUCAAAUUCACCAAACAACAACAGCAUAAGUGAAGCUAAUCAAGCACGUCUGACCUGUGUGGUUGGCGCAGAGCCGAUGCCAAAAGUGGAGUGGAUUCGAGAGCCCGCCAAUUUGACCCUAGUUGAAGGUGGUCAGUUUCAAUCUGAAGUGAGAAUUAUCCAGCCUGGUCUGUACCAUGCCAUCCUAUAUCUAAUCAAACCGAAAGAGCCGGAUCUCGGACGAUAUUACUGCAAGGUUACAAAUGAAGUCGGGCAGGCUGUGGGAAAGGUGGAUCUGAUAGAACCAACCAAGCCUGAGAUGCCCAGUAUGCCUCGAUUGAUCAACACGACCAGUACUACCAUGGCAGUGCGUUGGACUCAAGCAUCCAAUGGUGGCCCCAAACAGAAGUUCCACUUACGCUGGGCGCCAAACGAGAAUCCGGAUAAAUACAAACAGGCUGAAAUUCAAGAAGAUUUGAGAAGUGAGACGCUAACGUACAUUAUUGAAGGUCUACAGAAGGCCACGAGCUAUCGAGUGGCAGUGAGUGCCAGCAAUCAUCUCAUGGGAUCCACUGGCUUCACGCCAUACCUAUUGGCAUCUACUAAAGCUCACGAUCCAAUUCCGGACAAAGAGGCAAUGCAAGAUGAAGCUAGAGGUAAAUCUUCAGCUGGAAAUUUAGGGGAGCCAUGGGAGCUUACGGAAUAUCUGGCUGCUAACGCCGCUUCGUACAAUCGUAACACUGACGGUAGUUCGAUGGAAGAAAGGAAGGGGGACAGGACCUUAUUUCUCAUUGUGUCUGCCUCCAUUUUCGGCUCCCUGGUACUCUUCGCGAACUUGCUUAUAAUUUUACUGCUAGCUCACAAGAAACGGAAAAAACUGAGCAGAGGACAUACAAUGUUCAAUGGACAUGACUCGAUGAUACGUCGUUCCAGAAGACAGAGUUUUGCUGAAAUGAUCGUUGAUCAUCAGCCCUCAUACGCCGCUUACUUGGACGGAGCUAGCAUGAGCGACAACCUCUACUUGCCCGCGCGUUCCGCUGACCAGUAUUCCGACUUCCAAACUGGUAUCAGCCGUCCUGUGACCGCAACAGAAGCACACGACUUAUUAUCAAGCAAGCACUCCUACCUUGCAUCAGUGCGUCCGAGUCUGCAAAUGAUGAACCACCUGGAAGUGCAAACACAGAGCCAAAUGGAUUUCAGCCCUCGCGUUCAGCUGGCAAACGUUAAUAUCACCGAUCCCGCAAUGAAUGAAAUUGCAUACAUACAUUCUGACAAUAGCCCGCAGGUGGUCGAUUUCCAAGGGCAUCCACUUUUGCAAAUCAGGAACCCUGGGCCCGAGAGAAACACUCCAAUCACGGGUAGGGUGAAUGCGAAUCUCGGUAUCUACCCCGAACCACAUCACGUAGAAUCACCAAAUUCUGCGACAGCGUCAAUCAUAUCUGCAGCUCGUUCUGCAGGGUAUCCGAACGCUCACAGCCUGGAACGCCAAGGUCAUUUGCUUUUAACACGUCAACCAUCACAUCACAACAUCUCGUCACUGCUGCGGCAUCCACGUUACCUUCAAUGCGCCAUAAACGAUGUCUUUGAUCGUAACAUGUCAGAUUACGUCCUCAGAAAUCAUACUUCAACUUUUACUCCUAAUCAAGCCAUAGCAAACGGUCGGAUUAAAACAAAUCCGAUGGUAUCCAGCGUGUAUGCAGAGAGAUUAACUCAAGGCGCGAUGGCAGUUUGUAGUGACGACAACGUGCACGGCGACCUGUCCUCUGGCGCAGGAGCUUGGCAUUUGAUGAAGAAAAGUUCGUGCAGGAACUACAACAAUACUCAGUACUCAAAUCAGAUGAAUACUUCUCAGCUACUGGAUAGCUAUCUUCAGAGACACGACGACAGGCUGUUCAAUUGUCAAAUCGCCACUGGUAAUCAUGCAGUGAAUUUUGCAGGACUCCAUGCGAACAAUGCGUUGUCAGCUGACAAGAAUUACGUUGUUCCAGCGAGACCAGUCGGAGACUCUCAACAAGCUACAGAAUCCAUCGUUCUCCCUCCCCCUAACCGAUUUGCAUCGGAUGCAAAUAGCCAAUACUUUCAUAACCUCGCACGAGGAAUUGACGCUAAGGUGGCCAAACCAAUGAUCCGCGAGGCAUACCAAUCGUUAGAAGACGAACAAGAGAUGAAUGAAAGCGACCGUCACUUUGUAGAACAUGACCGGUGGGACGCAAGACCUGUGACAGUCGCCCCGGUAAAACACCCGACACUCAACCAGUCCUUGUUAUGA